AAUCUGAUUGUCGCCCCUAUUCUCACAAUACCAAUGACAAGAAGUGAACGGUUUCGUUGCGUGCGAUGGCGACUUGGUUGGUUACCUCUUGGUAAACCCUCCCCCAAGCCUUGCCCCUUCCAUCUAAAUGAACUCUUCACACGCUCACAUAGUGUUUCUUGUUUGCAUAUGCAUAACCGCCUUCAGAUGCCCCAAAUCUAUUGA